UUGUUUCCGACAGGCUCAAAUUUUAAAUUGCCAAAUUAUUUUGUUUAUGAUCGGCACAACAGCUAAGCGGCCCAGUCCCGAGGCGUCACAGUAUAAGCCCUACAUUUAUCCCAGUCCUACUGGCACCGGGUCUCUUCACACUCCUUGCGCUGUUUUCUCGGUCCUGUUGUUUAUCGAUCAUAGCUGAGAUUCAGAGCCCUAAUUUUACUCAGCGCAACCUAAAAGGAGCAGGACGCUGACACAUGUACACAAAUGGGAGUAUGAUAAAGCAUGACACUAUAGGGGCUGGACAGGGUUUGUGUGCAUGAAAAAGGAGGCUAUGCGACCUGAACGCGGGAACUUUAAUGUGUGAAACUUAUAUAAUUAUAUUAAAGAGGAAAAAGGAUAAAGAGGAAUUGCAGUGUAAUAUGGGUAAUAUAUAACCAACACCAGAGCUGAGGAAGAACAAGACAUUCAGUGUCAUAAAAAACAGUUACUGGAUUAACUAAAGACACUAAAUAAGCCUUUGCCUUUGAGCGAUGGUGCUCAGGUGACAGAAACGCUUGUAAACGACCCAGCACACACACACAGACACACACACAGACCUGUAGUCUUCUCUUGUGCGGAGCGUCCCUUAAUUUCUAUCGGGAACACUCUAAUAGCAACAUAAGGACCUUAACCCUAACCCGGAUCUAACCCAAGUGACACGUGGCCCCGUCCUCGCCGCCCCCAGUCUCGACGCCCAGCCUGGAUCCACACAGCCCGCAGAGUCGCUCCGGACCGGCCGGACUGUGGGGCUCCUUCUAAACGUUUAUCAUGAAUAACGUUUGUGGAUUCGCGCUGAUGAUGGUUUUUAUGAGCACGGUGACCACCUGGCACGAUUUGGAUAACAGCGAAUACGACUGCUGGCCUAUUGAGAAACCGGACGAGCAGAAUAUGAUGGAGUGUGGAGGUCUGGAGAUGGCUUGGGUGAGCAGACCUCCAGAAAAGGUGAUCAGUGGCCUGGAGUUCAACGUCAUAUACUCAGUGACAGCAUCUGUGGAAUUCUAUCAGUGGGCCAUAGACAACAUGAUCUUCACUAAGAGCUCCAUACGCGAUGCUGCCUCUGCACAGCGUUUCUGUGAGGAGCAAGAGUGUCCAUCCAACUGGAAAGAUGCAAAUGGAGAGAACUGCUGCAUCCACCAUGCCAACAUCCACUCCUGUCCCAUGAGCUAUAUGGUGGAGGAGAGGAUCUGCGGCCCCUGGAUCCCAGACGACGGCCGGAUCUUCACUCACACCAUUUCUACUGCUGGCAAAAUGACCCAGACCAAUUGGACCGCCAAGGUGGUCCUUUUCCAUGUGGGAGUCAACUCGCUUAUCGCUCACAUCCGGGUGGGAAAGAUGCAGGCUGCAUUGGAAGCAAAGAGCAUGGUUCUUCCAGCCAUAGUGUGUGGAGAUGGACUCUGUGAUGAAGACGAGAUGUGCUCCACUUGUCCUGCUGACUGCGGAGAAUGUCCCAUGACGGCUGCCAUCAAAGUGGCCAUUGGCCUCCCAGUGACGUUGGUUUUCAUCAGCUUCCUGCUAACUGGACUGUGGUUUCAGUACCAGAAGCAGAAGAUGUUUUGGGAUGAAAGUUGGAUCAUUGAUUACAGCCAGAUAAAGCAAGAUCCGACGGCCCGAACUGUUAUGGGCAGCAUCAUAAGCGUCCCCAACGGCAACAGUGACUCCAAUGCCAGCUGCAUGACAGCCCUCAGCUCCUGCACCGGAGUGUACGCCACCUCCCGCAAGCAGCUUUUCACCCAUACUGGCAUCUAUGAUGGACGAACAGUUGCCAUCAAGAAAAUCAAAACAAAGUCCUUUUCCCUCACAAGAACGAUUCGUCGGGAAGUCAAGCAAGUGAGAGAGCUGGACCAUCCCAACCUUUGCAAGUUUUUUGGUGGCUGUGUGGAGGUGCCCAAUGUUGCCAUUAUAACAGAGUACUGUCCUAAGGGCAGUUUGAACGACGUCCUCCUUAAUGAGGAGAUCCCCCUCAACUGGGGCUUCAGGUUCUCCUUCGCCAUGGACAUUGCCCGGGCCAUGGCGUAUCUGCACCAGCACCGCAUAUGCCAUGGAAGAUUGAAGUCGACCAAUAGUGUGAUUGAUGACCGCUGGGUCUGUAAGAUUACAGAUUACUGCCUGGUGACGUACAGAAGGGAGGACUCCGAGGUGACCUGCAGCACCUACCAGCAGCGGCAGUGCCAGCUAUACCUGCCACCCGAAGCCCAGACCUCCAGUAUGGAUCCCACGCUGGCAGGAGAUGUGUUCAGUUACUCGAUUAUUUUGCUGGAAAUUGCCACCAGAAACGAUCCGGUUCCUGUAGAGGACGGCUCACUGGGGUACGCCUGGUGCCCUCCCCUCCCGGAGCUCAUAUCGGGAAAGGCAGAGAACACCUGUCCAUGUCCCUCUGAGUACGUCGAGCUUAUCCGCAGGUGCCGGAGUCACAACCCAACUCACAGGCCCACCUUCGAGCAAAUAAAGAAGUUUGUACACAGAAUCAAUCCCAGCAAGGUUAGCCCAGUGGAUAUGAUGAUGAACCUGAUGGAGAAGUACAGUAAGCACCUGGAAGUUCUGGUAGCAGAGAGAACCCAGGACCUGAUGCACGAGAAACAGAAAACAGAUCGGCUUUUAUACAGCAUGCUGCCGAAACAGGUGGCGGACGACCUGAGGCAGGGGAAGCCCUCCCAGGCUCAGAGCUAUGUCAGCGCUACAGUAUUUUUCAGCGACAUCGUUGGCUUCACUCAGCUCUCCAGUACCAGUACACCCUAUCAGGUCGUUGACUUCCUCAACAAACUAUACACAACCUUUGAUGACAUCAUUGACAAUUAUGAUGUUUACAAAGUAGAGACUAUUGGAGAUGCAUACAUGGUUGUCUCAGGUGUGCCGAAGGUGAACCGUAUCCUGCACGCCUCUGAAAUUGCCAGCAUGGCCCUAGACCUGGUGGCUGUUUGUAAGACAUUCAGGAUCCCCCACAAGCCCAACACACUGCUGCAGAUACGCGCUGGCAUCCAUUCAGGUCCUGUCGUGGCCGGCGUUGUGGGGACCAAGAUGCCACGGUACUGCCUGUUUGGGGACACGGUGAAUACAGCGUCAAGGAUGGAGUCGACCAGCGAAGCUCUGAAGAUUCAGUGCAGCUCCAGCACCUUCUGCCUGCUGGAGGAGAUCGGCGGAUAUGUGUUGAUCUGUCGUGGGCUCUUACAGGUCAAGGGGAAGGGUGACAUGGUCACCUACUGGCUGGAGGGGAAGCAGGGGGGGGCUGGUGACCAAGAUGGGAACAGCGAGCGCCCCACUGCCCCAGAGAGUGAGGAGCAGUGCACCUCCGCCCCACUCCUCCUGAACAACGACCUUCUGAUAGACAGCGUGUGACCCAGUGCCCGCUUGCUUACAUCAUAGCCUCUUUAUUGAUGUAGAAGAGCCUGCGAUCUUCAGCUAACAGUGACUUCAGCCUCUAACUCUCCGUGGGUCUGCAUAGUUAAACGCUUUUCUUAGUUCCAAUUGGUUGUGAAGUUCAUUUUUAAAUUUUGUCUAUCAUCCUUUAGAAACAUACAGUAUACAUACAUGCCUUUAGUCUAAAAUAAAGUGUGAGUUUGAACA